AUGGAUAUAGUGUAUAUCGGAAUCUUAUCGGCGAAUGCAUGCGUCGCAAAACGAUUAUGGAGCUCUAUCUCUACAUUAGGGCUUAUUAGUAACGCGAGAAAACGUAGACGUAUUUAUGUUGACACGUUGAUUUCGAUCAUUUUUCCACUGAUAAUGGGUGCAUUGAUGAUUGUGAACGCAGCGAAAGUUUACACAAUUCAUCCAUAUGAAGGAUGUAUUCCCAUGCAACAAUAUACUUGGAUGUUUAUUCCAGCAAAGUUAUUAUUACCAUCAAUUAUUGGUUUUAUCAGCGCAUAUUACGAAAUUCGAGUAUUAAUUUAUAUAUACCAAAGCCACCAAAGCACCUCGCGAUUCGCUACUUCUCCGACUCGUUCGUUUUCUUUUUAUCGCGUAGUCUUUCUCAACCUCGUCUAUCUUAUGGCCAUUUGUCCAUUGACAAUUUACAUUUUCGUGCAAGAAGCGAAAAAAUUAAAUUUCAAUGAUUCCUGGCAUUUCGGUCCAUCAAAUAAGCUCACAGAACCUUACUCUUAUGUAAAAGUUGCGCGUGUAGUCGUGCUUUUCGCGAUUAAAACAAUAAAAAAGAUUCGAAGAACGAUUACCGGUUUCCAUGCCCAAAAUUCAAUCGGAGGACAACGAGGCAGAUCUGUGUCUGAUGACGACGGCAAAAAAAUUGUGACUGUUGAAUCGGAACCAAUUUCGUCAAAGAAAUUGAUCAAAAAUGAUACAAUUACUGAGCUCACUGAAAAUUUUAUACCAUCCAAAGAAGAUGCUUCAACAUCCGAAGAAAUUGAAAAGAUUGCAACCGGUAUCAGUAUGGAUUCACUAUCAGAUGAUCCCACGAUCGUCGGCGACAAAAUCAAUGUUGUCGUCACUGAUGCUAAUCUCGACACGACCCAAGAAUCGAAUGAACAACGAAUGAUAAAGAAAGAAUCAUCCUUCACGUCAGAUUAUAAAAACUAA